CUUUUGCUACUUCCAGGAUGUUUCUGUCUGUUUUUCUUCUUCAAUUCAUUAAGUGUUUAUUAGAUAUUUCUCUUUAACCAAAUUAUAGAAUUCUAUACUAUAACACAACUUUUUUUUGUUAACGCUAGUUUAAUCAGUUUUUAUAACACAUUUACAAUAUUCACAUCAUGUCUAAAGCAAUUGGUAUUGAUUUAGGUACAACAUACUCCUGUGUUGCUCAUUUUACUAAUGAUAGAGUUGAAAUCAUUGCUAAUGAUCAAGGUAACAGAACCACUCCAUCUUAUGUGGCAUUUACUGACACUGAGAGAUUGAUUGGUGAUGCUGCCAAAAAUCAAGCUGCUAUGAACCCCAAAAACACUGUUUUUGAUGCUAAAAGAUUAAUUGGUAGAAAAUUCAGUGAUACUGAAGUUCAAACCGAUAUGAAACAUUUCCCAUUCAAAAUCAUUUCCAAAGCUGGAAAGCCAAAUAUUGAAGUUGAAUUCAAAGGAGAAACCAAAGUCUUCAGUCCUGAAGAAAUUUCAUCAAUGGUUUUAAUUAAAAUGAAGGAAACCGCAGAAAGUUAUCUUGGUGGUACAGUCAAGGAUGCUGUCAUUACCGUUCCAGCUUACUUUAAUGAUUCACAAAGACAAGCUACCAAGGAUGCUGGUUUAAUUGCUGGAAUGAAUGUUUUAAGAAUUAUCAAUGAACCAACUGCUGCCGCUAUUGCUUAUGGUCUUGAUAAAAAAGACAGUGGUGCUGGCGAACACAAUGUUCUUAUUUUUGAUUUAGGUGGUGGUACUUUUGAUGUCUCCUUAUUGUCUAUUGAUGAAGGUAUCUUUGAAGUUAAGGCUACCGCUGGUGAUACCCAUUUAGGUGGUGAAGAUUUUGAUAACAGAUUGGUCAACCACUUUGCUAACGAGUUUAAGAGAAAAUUUAGAAAAGAUUUAAGCGGCAACCAAAGAUCUUUACGUCGUCUCAGAACUGCUUGUGAAAGAGCAAAGAGAACUUUAUCCUCUUCCACUCAAACAUCAAUUGAAAUUGAUUCAUUAUAUGAAGGUGUUGAUUUCUAUACCUCAAUCACUAGAGCUAGAUUUGAAGAACUAUGUGCCGAUUUAUUUAGAUCUACUGUUGACCCUGUUGAAAAAGUCCUUAAGGAUUCCAAAUUAGAUAAAUCUCAGGUUCAUGAAAUUGUUUUAGUCGGUGGUUCUACUAGAAUACCAAAAGUCCAAAAACUUGUUUCUGACUUUUUCAAUGGAAAACAGCCCAAUAAAUCAAUCAACCCAGAUGAAGCUGUUGCAUAUGGUGCUGCCGUCCAAGCUGCUAUCUUAACCGGUGAUACCUCUUUCAAAACCCAAGACUUGUUGUUAUUGGAUGUCGCUCCAUUAUCAUUAGGUAUUGAAACCGCUGGUGGUGUUAUGACUAAAUUGAUUCCAAGAAACUCCACAAUUCCAACAAAGAAAUCAGAAAUCUUCUCUACUUAUGCUGACAAUCAACCAGGUGUCUUGAUUCAAGUAUUUGAAGGUGAAAGAGCAAGAACUAGAGACAACAAUCUUUUAGGUAAAUUUGAAUUGGCUGGUAUUCCUCCAGCACCAAGAGGUGUUCCACAAAUUGAAGUUACUUUUGAUAUCGAUGCCAACGGUAUUUUGAAUGUCUCAGCUGUUGAAAAGGGCACUGGUAAGUCUAAUAAAAUUACUAUCACUAAUGACAAAGGUAGAUUAUCAAAAGAAGAUAUCGACAGAAUGGUUUCUGAAGCUGAAAAAUUCAAAGAAGAGGAUGCCAAGGAAUCUGAAAGAGUUGGAGCUAAAAACGGACUAGAAUCAUACGCAUAUUCAUUGAAAAACACAUUGUCUGAAUCAAAAUUCAAAGAAAAAAUUAUUGAAAGUGAAAGAGAAGAAUUAAGCAAAGCCAUUGAAGAGACCAUCAAAUGGUUAGAUGAAUCACAAUCUGCUUCAACUGAUGAAUACAAAGACAGACAAAAGGAAUUGGAAGAAAAGGCCAAUCCAAUUAUGAUGAAGUUCUAUCAAGAUGGUGGUGCUCCAGGUGGUGGUGCUCCAGGUGGCGGUGCUCCAGGUGGUGGAUUCCCUGGUGGAUUCCCUGGUGCUGGCCAUCCAGGUGCAUCAUCUGGUCCAACUGUUGAAGAAGUUGAUUAAGCUUUAUUUUGUUUUUGUUAAUCUUUUUUUUUUUUUUGUUAUUUCUAAGUUUCUUUCAUUUCUAAUUUCG